AUGAACCCUUUUGGAAUGGGAAAGAGGACGUGUCUUGGCGAGAACCUCGCCCGAUAUGAGCUGUUUCUACUUCUCACCACCCUAAUACAGAGAUACGAGUUUUUGCCCAUAGAAGGAGAACCCCUUCCAUCGUUGCAACGAAGUUUGGGUAUCACUAAUGUGCCAAAGAACUACAAAUGUAUGGUUGUUCCAAGAAAAUUGCCGGAUCUUGUCUAA